GUGUAUAAAUGCCACUGCUGGCUGCAUCUGGACAUCCGGACGAAGAGCAAAGAUGCGUAUCAUUGAGCUGUUCUGCGUGGCUUUCCUGUGCCUCUGCCCCAUGGCAUGGGCCUCCUCCAGCCGCGAGCCGUGCCGGUCACCAUCUAAGACCAGUGGCAAGCUCUGUGUGAGUACCACCAAGGACGAUACCAUCGCAUGGGGGGAUUUCAAGUAUGAUUCCACUCAGAAGUACCUUCGCUUUGUGGAGGACACAAGCAAAUCGAACAAAACCUCUCACCUGGAUGUGAUUAUACACUUCGAUGAGGGUGUGAUGUACAAGCUGGACAGCAAGAACGAUACCUGUAAGAAGCAGUCCCUGCCAUGUCACAAGCACCCGAUGGAGGUUCCGGCCGACGGCACGCACGUGGACGAGCUGUACUUGGGAAGCGAUGAUAAGUCUGAGCAGGGCCUCAGAGUGCGCAUGUGGUCUGGCAACAUGACCGAUCACGACUCGCAUCACUCCCAGGCAGGCCACUACACGAUGAUGACUACUUCCUGUGGGUGCAUCACCGUCUCCUGCACGUACCACAGUGAGAAGAAUGACCUCAUCUUCAGUUUCUUCAACGUAGAGACGGAGAUCGACGACCUUCAAGCGUUUCACCUUCCUGAUUAUUGCGAAGGACUGGAAUUAGACGAGGCGUCUGAUGACCACAGCUUCUUUGACCUCUUCCACGACUGAACCGCUAAAAAACCUUAUGAAUCAAUCAACACACCGGAUUACGGCAUUACACUAAUUAAAAAAAAACAACUAAAAAAAACAACUUAAAAAAACUGUAUCCACUUUUCCUCUUUUCUGCCUCUCUGUAGCGUGAUCACAGUCUCUGUUCUGAGCAACAGUGCAGUUUUGUCCUUUUUGUGACUGUUCCUUUGUUUCUCAUGAAGUCAAUAAAUGUAAUUCAU